CCCCUUUACGAUUUCAGAGUUGCAGUUCAAACUAGUGGCUACCACCUGACUGUUGUUUUGAAGAAAGAGUCUAAAAAGGAGGCCUCACACUCGGCUCUUUAAGUCAAGAGGUAGUAGUUCUUAACAUGGCGUGGUCAAGGAUUGCAAGUAGUAGCCUGAAACAACCUGGAAGAACCAUUAAUAGUUACAUAAGAAAGACGGGUGUUGUUGGUGAGGGAGCACCAGCUGGGGAUUACUUCUUAGCUCCCAUCAGAAAUUUUUCAACCAGUACCAAUCUGAUGCAACAUUGUGGACUCGAAACGAUAAAUCAAACAAGUUUUGGGAGCAGAGGAAUAAAGGUAACCCCACAAUACCAAUUUCCUUCGUCUUCAGUGGAGAGAAUUUUAGAGGAUUCUGAUUCAGAGUAUGAAAACGUAAGAUUACCUGGGCUCAAACCAACUGGGACAAACGAUAAGCCGAGGGUGGUAGUUCUGGGCACUGGAUGGGCAGCUUGUCGGCUUCUUAAAGGACUUGAUACAAACACUUACGAUGCAGUCUGCAUAUCACCAAGGAAUCAUAUGGUAUUCACUCCUCUUCUUGCUUCAACUUGUGUUGGAACCCUUGAAUUCCGUUCAGUUGCCGAGCCUGUUACUCAGAUUCAAUCUGCAUUAGCGACAUCUCCCAACUCGUAUUUCUACCUGGCCAAUUGCACUGGAAUAGACAUGGAAAAACACGAAGUGUUCUGCGAGGCGGUUGGCAACGUUGGACAAUCUAAUGAGCCUUAUCGAUUUAAAGUCCCGUAUGACAAACUUGUCAUUGCUACUGGGGCUGAGCCCGUGACGUUUAACAUUAAGGGAGUGAAGGAAAACGCUUUCUUCCUUCGUGAAGUAAGUCAUGCACAAGAGAUACGAAAGAAGAUUCUUCUGAACCUGAUGCUUGCUGAAAAUCCUGGCUUACCAGAAGAAGAAAGGAAGCGCCUGUUACAUUGUGUUGUUAUUGGAGGUGGCCCUACUGGGGUGGAGUUUAGUGGUGAAUUGAGUGAUUUUAUCAUGAGAGAUGUCCGUGAGCGAUUCUCUCAUGUAAAGGAUGAUGUUCAAGUUACUGUCAUAGAGGCAAAUGAGAUCUUAUCAUCAUUUGAUGUAGGACUACGGGAUUACGCUACAAGACACCUAACCAAGAAUGGUGUUCGACUAAUGAGAGGUAGUGUAAAAGAGGUGCACGACAAGAAGAUAAUUCUCAACGAUGGAACUGAGGUCCCUUAUGGACUCCUGGUCUGGUCCACCGGUGUAGGCCCUUCACAUUUAGUAAAAUCAAUAGAUGUUCAAAAGUCUCCAGGUGGAAGAAUCGGUGUAGAUGAAUGGAUGCGGGUUCCUUCUGUUGAGGAUGUGUAUGCACUAGGGGAUUGUGCUGGAUUUCUUGAACAGACAGGGAGGCCAGUACUUCCGGCUCUGGCUCAGGUAGCUGAAAGACAAGGCAAAUUUCUGGUAGAAUUGAUUAACAGGAUUGGUAAGGAGAAUGGUGGCAAGGGUUACAGUUCAAGAGGUAUUCCCAUGGGUGAUCCUUUUGUCUACAAGCAUCUCGGUAGUAUGGCUUCUGUAGGUCGCUUUAAAGCGUUGGUUGAUCUACGCGAGUCUAAGGAUGCGAAGGGCCUUUCACUUGCAGGAUUUACAAGUUGGUUGAUAUGGCGUUCAGCUUAUCUUACACGGGUGGUCAGUUGGAGGAACAGGUUCUAUGUGGCUGUGAACUGGGCUACUACUUUGGUUUUUGGUAGAGACAACUCUCGGAUUGGCUGAUGCUGUGAUGUGUUAGUUUUAGUCAGUAACCUAUAGAAUCGAUAGCUUUCUAUGUAUUCUCCACUUAUGCCAGGUCUCAUGUAUACGAGUCUCUCUGGUUCCUAUUAUUUCAUUUUAU